CUUUUUUAUUUUUUUUGUAUUUAUAUAAUCUUUUGAUAUUUAUUUUUUAUUUUUAUUUAAAAAAAAGCGUAUAUAUAGGCGUUCUUAAACUUAAAAAGUAUAUUAAAAAAGAAAUCGAAGAAAGUUUAGGAAAUAAACUUCCGCAAAAGAUAUGGUGUGUUUAACUGAAGACGAACAAACGAUAUGUACUAUUCAUGAUACAACACCAGGUUCAAGUCAGAAAAAAAUUAGUAUUAUCGUUCGUCCAAAUCAUACAGUGGCAAAAGUUAUACAUGAUAUUAAAACACAAUUUUCUUAUGAGAAUUUUGAUUUAAUUCUUCAACCGCCUGAAAAGGAACAAUCUAUAUAUCUUAAUGAUAAAAAGGAUACAAUUUUCUACAAAUUACCUGGAUUUGUACCAAAAAUUAAAAAUAUAUUAAUUUUAAGUCCUCCUGACACUAUGCUUUCAACUUCGGAAUUAAGUAGUGUAACAAUUCAAAGUAAAAUUAAAGUAUCUACAGUAGGAACUAAACAAAGCUUAAAAAACUACAGCACUAAUAUUAAUGACAAAAUAAAUAAGAGCACCAAAAAUUUAGCCGUCAUAUCAUCAUCAACCAUAUCAAACGGUGAUGCAUUGCAUGUUGAAGAAGCUAAUCUGGAAAUUAGUAAAGAUUGUGAAAAAUCGAGUAAAACGUCAUUCAAAGAAAAGAGCAUCGACUCGGUAAAUAUUUCAGAAACGUUUCAUAAAAUUUCUGCUGCUAUAACAGAAAAAGCUAAUACAUCAAUGACAAUGAUUUCUGAAACUAUUAUUGAUUGUCCUAAACAAGAAACGAAUAUUCCAACACUUGUAUCAACAGUUGAAAUACAACCUACUAAGCAAAGUGAACCAAAAUGUGAAGAAAAUUUAAAAAAAUCUCCUCCUAAAAAAUUGAAUGUGAAAAAAAAAAUAUCUACCUCUGAGACUAAAAUUGAUGGAAGUAAUAAAACGGUUGCAAAUUGUGAAGAGAAUGAGUCAAAAACAAAAUCGGUAUCAACUAAAAAAGUGGUUGUAAAGAAAAAAAUAGUGGACAAUACUACGAUUGAGUCUAAUUUAGCUUCUAAAGAAGAAGAAAUUGACAAAGAAAAAAAAAAUUCUGUAAAGAAGAUUUCAAAAAUUACUAAAAAAUCACCAGAAAAAACGCUUACAGACAAUGUAAGCACUGUAGAUACAGCUUUAGUUACCGAGGAAAAUGUCAAAAAAUCUUCAAAAAAAAAUAUAUCUACCUCAGUUAAUCCAAAAGAUAAUUUAGUUUCAGUUGAAGUUAGUUUGUCGGAAACUACUAGUUCAAAAGAAAUAUCAUAUCAACAAGAAAAGUCGCAAACUAAAUCAUCAAGUUCUAUUAAAUUAAUAAAUAAAUCGGAAAUGACUGCAUCCCCAGGAAUAAUACCAUCUGAUAAUAAACAAACUGGCAACUCAGUUGAUGACAAACCAGUGGGUCGGAGGACCAUUAUUCUAAAAUCAAAAAAGAUUACUAAUAAAAUUAAUGAAAAUUGUGCCAGCAAGCAAAAUGUAGAAGGAGAUACGGAAACGGUAAAUGAUGAACUCAGUAACCCCAAAAUUUCAACAACUUCUGUUGAUCCUGAAGUAAAGCCAUUGUCAUGUGCCAAAAUAAUGUCUGCCGAUUGUGAAGAAGGAAACGAAACAAAAAAUCAUAAGCAAGAGUCAAAUAUCAUUAUUGCAACUAAAGAGUCUGAAAGUGUUCCAAAACUAAUUGAAAUGAAAGAAUCGUGUGACACAUCAAAAAAAUUACAGAAGAAAAGUGAUCACAAUAGUAAAGUUAAAAUAUCAAAAGGAGAAGGUAAUAAUAAGCUACCAAAUUCUUUUAAAGAUAGAGAAUUAAAAAAAUCAGCAAUAGAAGUUGACGGCGUAAGUUUUGUAAAUGAAGCCAAUGUAGAAAAUAAGUUUUUAGAUAAAAACUCUCGAGAUUGUGUAACUGAAACUUUAGAAAAAUGUCAACAACCAUCCGAUUCAAACAAAGUUGAUGAAUACAUUUAUAAAGUAAACGUUGUAUCUAACGAAGAUUUACUCUUAGAUCUCCCGACUAGUUCGUUAGAAAACGUUGAAGCUGCUAAUGAGUUAAUAAAUUUGGAUUCUUCAUACAAUCACGUUAACCAAAGUGAUAAGGAAUCACAUUUGGAAAAAUAUACAGAUUUAUUAUCAGAUGAUGAUCUAGCUCUGGGAGCAUCAGCCAGUCCGACAGAGCCUGAUUUCACUGAAACAACAAUCAAUGUUCCAGUUCCACCAGCUUUACCUAUGUUUCAACCAAUUGAGUCAACUCCUUCAACCUCAAAUAGUGCAAAAUUAGACAAAGGAAGCCGUUUUCAAUCAAAUCGUCCCCCAAAUUGUGGCUAUGUUGGACUUGUUAAUCAAGCCAUGACAUGCUAUUUAAAUAGUUUAUUACAAGCAUUAUUUAUGACUCCGGAAUUUCGAAAUGCUCUUUAUAAAUGUGAGUUUGAUAAUAGCAAAGAUGAUAUUAUACCUUAUCAGCUACAAAGACUAUUUUUAAAUCUUCAAACAUCUACUAAAAAUGCGGUUGAAACUACUGAUUUAACCAAAAGCUUUGGAUGGGAUUCUACAGAAGCUUGGCAACAACAUGAUAUUCAAGAACUAUGUCGUGUUAUGUUUGAUGCGCUAGAGCACAAAUUUAAAAAUACGGAUCAAGCUAAUCUCAUUAAUAUUUUAUAUGAGGGUAAAAUGAUAGAUUAUGUAAAAUGUUUAGAAUGUAAAACUGAAAAAUCGCGAGAAGAUACAUUUUUGGAUAUCCCAUUACCUGUACGUCCAUUUGGUAGCGUCGUAGCUUACGGAAGUAUUGAAGAAGCUUUAAGAGCAUUUGUUCAACCUGAGAUACUAGAUGGCAACAAUCAAUACUUUUGCGAGAAAUGUAACAAAAAAUGUGAUGCUCAUAAGGGCUUAAAAUUUAAAAAAUUCCCUUAUAUACUAACUUUGCAUUUAAAACGUUUCGAUUUUGAUUAUCAAACUCUUCACAGAAUAAAAUUGAAUGAUAAAGUGACAUUUCCCCAAAUGUUGAAUUUAAACGGUUUUACAAAAGAUUCAGAAUCUGGCAUGCAUAUCCCUUUACAAAGUAAUAACACAAAUCAAACCAAUGGUUAUGGAGUGCUCGAUGAUUGCAGCACAACUGAUAGUGGAACAGCCUUAGAAGAAGAUAAUUGCAGCGGUAUCGCGACAACAGCUAGCUCAAGUCAUCACGAGAAUGAAUUACAAGAGGAUGAUGAAGGAAUUGACACAAGUAAUGGCAUAGAUGGGCGUCUAAAUUUCAAGAAUGAAAAUGGUCCAUUUCUUUAUGAACUGUUUGCUAUUAUGAUUCAUUCUGGUAGUGCUUCGGGCGGUCAUUAUUAUGCGUAUAUUAAGGAAUUCGAAAAUGGUGAAUGGUAUAGUUUCAACGACCAAACAGUAACAUAUAUAACACAAGAAGAUAUUCAAAAGUCUUUUGGAGGCGGUUCAUUUAAAGCGUAUUACUCUAAUAUGUAUAGUUCAAGUACAAACGCGUACAUGUUAAUGUAUCGUCAAAUUGAUGGAAAGAAGAAUGAAAAAUGCAUUAAGGUAGAUAAAUUUCCAGAGCAUAUAAAGAAGCUUUUAGAAAAGAUAAAAACUGAUGAAGAAACUAAAAAAGUGAAUCGAAACUAUGAUUCAGACAUAAUACGCCAAAAAGUAUACUUUUUCAAUCCUAUACUAAAACAAAUGAAAGACGCGAAAAUAUAUGUUCCACGCGAUUUUGAUUUGGAGUCUGCUUUAGAUUCUGCAUAUACGGCUUUAAAAGUGAGUGCCAUUGCUUCUAUAGAAAGAUGUCGUUUAGUAGCUUAUGACCAUAAUUUAGAAGAAAUCGAAUGUAGCUUCGAGGGACGUGAAAAGGAAGAAUUUGGUGAAAUUUUAAAAACGCUGCCUGCUGAUAUAGACUUUUUGUUAGAAAUUCGCGAACCUGAUGAAGAAUUUGAAAAAUAUAAAAGCGGUGGUGUAACAAUUAAGGUAUUUGUCAUAGAUUUGAAUACAAAUGACUUAGACGGACCUUAUUCAGUUCGAGUAUAUGAAAACGAAAAAUUAGGAGGGUUGAAAAAAAGAAUAACAAAAAAGUUGCACAUUAAUUCUGAUAUUUUUAUUUCUAUUAACAACUAUUAUUCGGGCGAAAAAGUAUAUGUUACUAAAGAUUCAACAAGCGCCAUAAAAACUGAAGUGGACUUCAAGAAAUUUGUUGAAUCAAACUUUUCAUCUGUAAAUUGCUUUUUUAUCACAAUCCCCGUAGUUGAAAAUGAAAAUUUAGAAGUAUUAGGUAUACCAUAUUCAUUAGAGGAUAUGAAAAUUGCUCUUACUCCAAGGCAAUCUCCAUCUUUCGAUCGUAGAGAUGAUAAUGGUUGUGGAUCAGAUGUUGUUGACGCUGUAGUAAUGAAUGGAAUGCAAAACAGUUAUAGUGAUUUAAAUAAUUUUAUGAGUAAUUCUUCAACGGGACAUGGUGAUUACAGUAACAGCAGCGCAAAUUUUGUGAGUGGAAGGUGCUCACCACCGCAGAUAUCAAUAUCGCAGGGUAGUUCUACUGGUAGUAAUAGUGAAGACAGUAGCCUCUCUGAUGGAGAUCGCACGUUAGUCGAGUCAAAUCCUCGGGGUUCAAGUCAAGUUUCAAGCACGAGCCAUUCACCGCAACUUUCCAGUCCCGAAGAUGAAAAUCUUAUAUCGAAUAAAUUAGAUGGCUUUAGUUACACAGAAAAAUUCUCAUCAAGGAAAGCGAAGGGACGACAAAUGUUGAAUCAAGGAAUUUCUAGUGAUGAUGAGGAGUUUAUUGAUUUCGAAAAACAUUUGUAUUUUAGAGCAUGCAAUAUUUUAUCAGUAGACGAUUUAAAUAAAAAUAAUUUACCGAAUUCAAAUACCGAUACCGAUACCGAGCCUGAGAAAAAACAAACGGAAGAAAAAGUACCAAGAACGUUAAAAGUUUUUGUGGACAAAUAUAUGAAAGUUGGUUCAUUGAAAAUUGCUUUGGAGCCAUAUGUAAAUGUAUCUGCAGAGUACUUUAAAAUAAUUAAAAAGCAAAGUGACCCAAUAAAAAAUGAAUGUCCAAAGAAUCAGGAAGAUUUAAGUGUAUUUAAAGAUGGAGAGCAACUAGUAAUUGAAAUAGGUCGCGAAGCGAAAAAAGGAGAGCGAAAGGCAAAAAUAUAUUUUAUGAGAAGGAAAGAAUUGAAUGACGAAACUGGAAAAUUGCCUGUAGUUUGCGAAUUUAUAUUUAAGCUCGGUAUGCUUGCAAUAGAAGCUAAAAAACAACUUGUUGCGCAAUUACAUAGGAUAGAUUCAAAGUACUAUGAAACAUUAACCUUAGAAAACUGUCGCCUGUGGGAGAAAAGUGGGAGAAAUCCUAUUAAAAUUUUACCAGAUGACUAUAAAUUAGGAGAUUUGAAAAUGUCUAUAAACUGUGAGUUUAUAGUACAAGAAUGUGAUGACGGAGUGAAAACCACUACAAGUGAAAACAGUUUAACUUUGUUUGUCAGAAGAUGGUACCCAUCUAAAUAUGUUCUAGGAGAAUAUGAAGAAAUAACAUUAGAAAAAAAUAGUGAAAUUCGAAAAGUUUUAUCUUCAAUUUCGCAAAUACCAGAGGACCAUAUUUCAUUUGCAAAGGUUAAUAGUAGCGCUUUUCCAUGUAAUAACAUAUAUUUAUUGACAUUAAAUACAUCUUUGAGUUGGCUAAAGGAGCCUAUGACAUUAGAUAAUUAUCCAUUACUAUCUUCAAUAUGUGGUUGUGUUUAUAUUUAUAAGGACAAUACAGAGCCAUUGAAAGAGCUAACACCGGAAGAAAGAAAGGAAUUAAGCACUAAAGAAAAGGCUCGCUUAGAUAGACUUGGUGGCACUAUAAGAUCUUUAUACUCACCACGAAGAGAACGAGCGCUUAAAAUUUAUUUGGAUUCGCCGUCUAAAUGUAGUAGAGAUGAUUAAGCUUAGGAUUUUUAAAAGUUAAAUUAUAAUACCAACAACAUUAAACAUCAUUAAACAUCAAGAGCCAUUUGUCCAAAUCAUUCUUUGCAGACGCCAAAAAAAAACAAAAAAAAUAUUUUUUUAUUGCUAAAUAGCUAUUGGUUGAAUAAUAAUUUUUAAUUUUUUUAUACAUACUUUUUUCUAUUGUUUAUUUUAUUAGAAUGCAAAAAAAAUGUGAAUUUCGAUAUCAUAGAACGUUAGAUUGAGGAUCGAAAUGCGAUUGCAGUUACUAAUUAAACGCGUUUUUACUUGUUAAUAUUGGUGCAAAAAAAUUUUUUUUUGCAAAGAGCUAAAAGAAAUUUAUUUAAAAUAUAUUAUGUAUAGCUAAUUAUGAGACUGUUAAAUAAAUAAAAUUUUCAUUUAAAAAAUAAAUAAAAAAAAGAAUCGCUA